UUGUUUCUCACAUCACAGCCCGAGCCACUCUGACCAUCAGAAUUAUUCAAACUUAUCACCUGCGACUUAGAAUCGGACUGGCCAUCAAAGAGGCUCUCGGUAGAGUCAGAGUCCUCAAGGGUCUUGACGAACGCGCUGUGGAAUCUGAAGCGAGGAAUCCCGGAGCGCUGAGGAGCCCGCAGCUUUGAAGGUCUUGCCGCGGUGCGUGGCGGGCUUGGACCCGCCGUUCCAAAUACAAACGGUCGGCGCGAGAGGUGCCCCUGGGCGUAGGCGCCGGGCUGCAGGGACUCGUUCGUUGCUGGAGGCUGAGCUCCGGAGACUCUCUGGAGUCUCUUCUCCUGUCCCUGUUGUGCUGGGCACGAGGCCUUCGGAAACUGCUUCUUUGCCCGGGGAGCCGGGGAGGCUGCGCCCCCCCUAGGGCAGAGAUCGCCUUUCUCCGCUGCCCGUACCGAGGCCCCGAGUGUGGGCGAACGACCAGGUGAGAUAUUAGAUUAUUUCAAGAGUUGGAGCUGAAUCUAAUAUUAAAUAAUGGCAACAGGUGACGUAAAAAGAAGCUUACGGAACCUAGAACAAGUGCUUCGCUUGCUAAAUUAUCCUAAAGAGGUGGAUUGUGUAGGUUUGAUAAAGGGAGAUACAGCAGCAUCUUUGCCCAUCAUCAGCUAUUCUCUUACCUCAUAUUCACCUUAUGUAACAGAACUUCUGAUGGAAUCCAAUAUAGAACUCAUAGGAAAGAAUGACUUACGCUUUAUAGAUGGUGUCUAUAAGCUUCUUCGUGAUCAAUUUCAUUAUAAACCAAUUUUGACGAAAAAGCAAUUUAUCCAAUGUGGGUUUGCAGAAUGGAAAAUACAGAUUGUUUGUGAUGUUUUGAAUUGUGUGAUGAAAAAGCACAAGGAAUUAAGUAGUCAUGAGAAGACUCCAUCACAGCAAAAAAAGAAGAUCAGCUGUGGUAAGUCAGAACCUUCUUCGAACAAUGAGAAAAUAUCUGCAGAGGCUGUUGGCAUUGACAUCACUGGCAGGUUUAUGACUUCAGGAAAGAAGAAAGCUGUGGUGAUCCGUCACCUGUAUAAUGAAGAUAGUGUUGACAUUCCUGAAGAUACAUUAAGUACAGUAACAGAUGUUAAUGAAGCAUUUGAGGUGUCUGUCUUAAAGGAUACCGAAGUAAAGAUUUCUGAAGCCAGUGUCCCUGAAAUCAAGGCUGAGCAACAAGACAUAAGAGUUAAUCCUGAGAUUACUGAAUUACGGACUAUGCUUGCUGAAUGCCAAGAAAAGCUUAAUAAGAUGACUUGGAUAGAGAAAAGGUUAGACUCUUUGGAAGAAAAAAUGAAAGGAAAAGUGAUGGUAGAUGAAAAGACGUGGACUAAUCUUCUAAGUCGUGUCACUCUUCUUGAAACAGAAAUGCUUUUGUCUAAAAAGAAUGAUGAAUAUAUAGAGUUUAAUGAAAUGAGUGAAGACUGUGCUUCUAGUAGUGACAUGGAUCUUCUGAAUCCUGAUAGAAAAAGCAAAAUGGAGAGGCCAGCAAGUAUUCCUCCAUCCUCUGGUUAUAGUACAGCAUCAUCAGAUUCAACUCCCAGAACCUCUACUAUUAAUUACUGUGGUUUGAAAGAGAUUUCACAGGAAACAACAAUCCAGAAAAUGGAAAGGAUGAAAAAAAUGUUUGAAGAAACUGCAGAAUUACUGAAAUGUCCAAAUCACUAACUGUAGAAUUUUCUGCAUGAACUUCUCUAGGAAUUUGAC